UUUUGUGAAUAGGGGUCUCCCGGGGAACACAUAAGAGCCAUAUGAGCCAUGGUUCAUUGUAAUUACUGAGACAGCUAGAGAUAAACAUGUUUGUUUGUUUUACGGGUUAAUUAAUUUCAGCAGCCAAUCAGAGAAGGUUGGUAGCAGACGUCCGGAUGUGGUUUUAGUUACCUCGGCUUGGAUCUCUCAUUGGAAUUAUAAUAUCAAUGAUAGACUCACCUACUCCAUUCAUAGACUUAUCUACUUCAUUGAUUGACUCAUCUACUCCAUUCAUAGACUUACCUACUUCAUUAAUAGACUCACCUACUCCAUUGAUAGACUCAUCUACUUCAUUGAUAGACUCAUCUACUCCACGGCUAAAGAAGUCAGGAAUGAAGGCCCUGUUACUGGCGUUUAUUAUCGUGUGGACUUUGCUCCGUAAGUUUUUAGUGGACAGUAUGUAUUGUGGUUCAAAUGCUAAUUAAUUUUCUAGUGGUCAGCAUCAGUGCCCUCGUGUGAGACCUGCAACCGGAGCAAAAAUAUGUACAAUAAAACAAAGUAUAUUUUAUUUUUAAAAAUACCAAAUUGUCCUUUUUAAAAAAUAAAAUAAAAAGAAAAUUAGCUGUUGUCAUUAACCGAUUACAAUGAGUGGAAUCUAUGAAAUAUCUACGCUCGAUAUAUUUGAUGACCCGUAUAGUUAAGGUAAAUAUUCUUAGAAGCUUACGUCAUUCGAAUAUAAAUAUAGCAUGACCGGAAGUAUUACUUCCCUUUCGCAUGUAGGCUAUCUACAUUUGAACUACAUUUGCUUCAAUUUUAAGGUCUAUACUUUUAAUAGUUUUCAAACGUGAGCAAUCUUUUCAUCUUUUCAAAUGAUAUUUUAUAAUAAACGCAUGACUUUUAAACUAUGGAAUGGUGUUAAUUACAAAUUGAAUGAUGGCAUCUUGCUUUCAAAAAUAUGCUUAUUGUUGGCGCCACAUGCAGGUUUCCCAAAUGUGGAUUUUCCACCCACACAUUUCCCCACUUUAAGUCUUGCUUAUGCUGUUUUUCAGUUGUAAGUGUGGAGGCAGUGGAGGGACUGCCCCAAGGGCGUAUGCGAAGAAAGCCCUCCAGGAAUGACCAAUAUGACGAGUGCCGUUUCUUUGGUAAGUCAUUUAUAAGAUCCAUUUAUUUCAAAUAAAUAAAUGAUAUAUAUAAGUAUAAGAAAUACAUACAUGGCCAAUUAUAUUUGCUUUUGCGUCCUGACUAGUAGGAUCACAUGGUCAGACAUAUUAUAUUAUCUUUUUAUGCUACUUAAAGCUCUUUUUUUUAAACUUAAAUAAUUUUAACAAUGUCUGGUACUUUCAGCUUAAAUAACUUUAACAAUGUCUGGUACUUUCAGCUUAAAUAAUUUAAACAAUUUCUGGUACUUUCAGCUUAAAUAAUUUUAACAAUGUCUGGUACUUUCAGCUUAAAUAAUUUUAACAAUGUCUGGUACUUUCAGCUUAAAUAAUUUUAACAAUGUCUGGUACUUUCAGCUUAAAUAAUUUUAACAAUGUCUGAUACUUUCAGCUUAAAUAAUUUUAACAAUGUCUGGUACUUUCAGCUUAAAUAAUUUCUGCCCAACUUUCCAAAGUCACAAGACUACAAUUGACACAGGCCGACAUUUUAGCUCUGAUAGAGUUUUUGAUAUUCGAAAUUUCACAGAUCUCUCAAUAUGAUCGUCAGUUUAAUAAUUGUUUUUAAAAAAAAUUAAAACAAGCAUAGAAAUGUACUUUUACAUUUAAUACCCAAUUCUCAUCAAGACGGUUCAAUAAAAUUUCUAAAAUCACCUCCACCCCAACCCCACUUCCACACCUACCCCCCAAACACUCACAGAAACACACAGUUGGUCAUCUUGUUGUACAUCCCACACACAAUUGGUCAUCUAGUUGUACAUCCCACACACAGUUGAUCAUCUUGUUGUACAUCCCACACACAAUUGGUCAUCUUGUUGUACAUCCCACACACAGUUGAUCAUCUUGUUGUACAUCCCACACACAGUUGAUCAUCUUGUUGUACAUCCCACACACAGUUGAUCAUCUUGUUGUACAUCCCACACACAGUUGAUCAUCUUGUUGUACAUCCCACACACAGUUGAUCAUCUUGUUGUACAUCCCACACACAGUUGAUCAUCUUGUUGUACAUCCCACACAAAGUUGAUCAUCUUGUUGUACAUCCCACACACAGUUUAUCAUCUUGGUGUACAUCCCACACACAGUUGAUCAUCUUGUUGUACAUCACACACACAGUUGAUCAUCUUGUUGUACAUCCCACACACAGUUGUUCAUCUUAUUGUACAUCACAUAAACAGUUGAUCAUCUUGUUUUACAUUACACACACAGUUGAUCAUCUUAUUGUACAUCCCACACACAGUUGAUCAUCUUGUUGUACAUCACACACAGUUGAUCAUCUUAUUGUACAUCCCACACACAGUUGAUCAUCUUGUUGUACAUCACACACACACACAGUUGAUCAUCUUGUUGUACAUCACACACACAGUUGAUACUCUUGUUGUACAUCACACACACAGUUGAUCAUCUUGUUGUACAUCACACACACACACAGUUGAUCAUCUUGUUGUACAUCACACACACAGUUGAUACUCUUGUUGUACAUCACACACACAGUUGAUCAUCUUGUACAUCCCACACAAAGUUGAUCAUCUUGGUGUACAUCACACACAGGGUUGAUCAUCUUGUUGUACAUCACACACACACACAGUUGAUCAUCUUGUUGUACAUCACACACACAAUUGAUCAUCUUGUUGUACAUCCCACACACAGUUGAUCAUCUUGUUAUACAUCCCCACACAGUUGUUCAUCUUGUUGUACAUCACACACACAAUUGAUCAUCUUGUUGUACAUCACACACACAAUUGAUCAUCUUGUUUUACAUCCCACACACAGUUGAUCAUCUUGUUGUACAUCACACACACAAUUGAUCAUCUUGUUGUACAUCACACACACAAUUGAUCAUCUUGUUUUACAUCCCACACACAGUUGGUCAUCUCGUUGUACAUCACACACAGUUGGUCAUCUUGUUGUACAUCCCACACACCCACACAGUUGGUCAUCUUGUUGUACAUCCCACACACACACACAGUUGGUCAUCUUGUUUUAAAUACCACACAUCCACACACAGUUGUUCAUCUUGUUGUAUAUCGUUGUUUCAGGACAUUGCAAGAGCAAAGCUGACUGCACUCAUCCUUUCCAAGGUCACGUGUACAGGAGCUGUGUGGAUGGAUGUUGUAUGUACGCCGUACCGUGAUUCACCCAGGGACGUCCAGCGAUGUGUUUCUGGCACACCUGAACAGUUAAUGAAGCUUGCCAUCUCCAGACUUUUGUCAUUGUCCGUAGGACUGAAAAACUAGGAUGAAUAAAUAUUCAGUACUUAGUCUUUAUUUUUAUUUUUUCCUUUCUUUAAAUGUGUGAUUGAUUU